AUGAAUAAAACUAACAAAUUUAUUAACAAAGUAACUUUUAGUUCCGAAGAGGAAGAACUUUUCCGUCGUUUAGAAGAAGAUGACUCACUCGGCACUUGCGUAGUUAAUCCCCAUGCUACUCCCUUAGAAAAAGCAAAAUACAACAUUUGCCAAACCAUCGUUCGCUAUCAAAUGAGAAAUGAUCUUUCCGAAAAAGAGGUAGCAGAAAGACUAGAGUUAGAUGAGCAAACUACUAGCAAAAUUUUAAGGUGUCGUAUUAAAGAUUUUGAUUUAAAUGAACUAACCAUUUGUCUAGGAAAGAUAUACUCUUCAGGAUUGAUGAAUAAUAAAGGAGAAUUUGCUUCCAUUCCUCCUUUUAUUGAGUUAGCGGGAGGAGAAAAAGUGGUGCUGAGUGAAAAAACCAUCAAAGAAAUUGAAAAAUUAAAAAUUUUAUCUAAGUUGAAGAGAAACAUUAGCGAAGUGGUUGAGGGAGCUAGAGAAAUUGUAAAUUGUUUAGAAAAUUUAGAGAAAAUGUGUAAUCCCAUGGAAGAAAGUUCAGAUGUUGGAUUACUAGAUUCUUCUUUCAUACCUUUCACCUACAUUUUUGUUCCUAAGGGGGAAGAAAGUUUGGCAAGAAAAUUAAUAUUUGAUUCCUUAGGAGACUUAACUGCCGAACAAUUAAAGAAAAUACAUUUUUUGAAAAGAGAAAAAACAGAGAAAGAACGUUCUUUUGGUUUUAAGGUAGAAAAAAAUAUUACUUCUCCAAACUUUUUCUUCACUGACCCUUCUUAUCAGGAAGUUACAAUGCCAAUACUUGCAGGAUAA